AUGCCUGAUGCCCGCUCCUUACAGGGGGGCUUCGCCCGCUGCUACGAGGUCACGGACACAGAGACCGGCAGCGCCUACGCGGUCAAAGUCAUCUCGCAGAGCCGCAUUACCAAGCCGCAUCAGCGCGAGAAGAUCCUAAAUGAGAUUGCGCUGCACCGCGGCCUGCAGCACCGCCACAUCGUGCGUUUCUCGCAUCACUUCGAGGAUGCUGACAACAUAUACAUUUUCUUGGAGCUCUGCAGCCGGAAGUCCCUGGCCCACAUCUGGAAGGCCCGGCACACCCUGUUGGAGCCAGAAGUGCGCUACUACCUGCGGCAGAUCCUUUCGGGACUCAAGUACUUGCACCAGCGAGGCAUCUUGCACCGAGACCUCAAGCUGGGAAAUUUUUUUAUUACUGAGAACAUGGAACUGAAGAUGGGGGAUUUUGGGCUGGCCACCCGGUUGGAGCCCCCAGAGCAUAGGAAGAAGACCAUCUGUGGCACCCCUAACUACGUGGCUCCGGAAGUGCUGCAGAGACAGGGUCACGGCCCAGAGGCAGAUGUGUGGUCCCUGGGCUGUGUCAUGUACACACUGCUAUGUGGGAGCCCCCCCUUUGAGACAGUCGACCUGAAGGAGACGUACCGCUGCAUCAAACAGGUUCACUACACGCUGCCCGCCAGCCUCUCACUGCCUGCCCGGCAGCUCCUGGCUGCCAUCCUUCGAGCCUCGCCCCAGGACCGCCCCUCAAUUGACCAGAUCCUGCGCCAUGACUUCUUUACCAAGGGCUACACCCCCGACCGGCUCCCUAUCAACAGCUGCGUGACAGUCCCAGACCUGGUACCCCUUAGCCCAGCUAGGAUUCUGUUUGUCAAAGUUACCAAGAGCCUCUUUGGCAGGAAGAAGAACAAGAGUAAGAACCGUCCCGAGGAGCGGGACGAGGUUUCCUGUCUGGUGAGCGGCCUCACUCGGACGUCCAUUGCCCAUCAGGAUGCCAAGCCUGAGGCUCCAGCAGCUUCUGGUCCAGCCCCCCUCAGCCUGGUAGAGACAGCGCCCGAAGACAGCUCACCCCGUGGGACACUGGCGAGUAGUGGAGAUGGGUUUGAAGAAGGUCUGACCGUGGCCACAGUGGUGGAGUCAGCGCUCUGUGCUCUGAGGAACUGCCUGGCCUUCAUGCCCCCAGCGGAUCAGAACCCGGCUCCCCUGGCCCAGCCAGAGCCCCUGGUGUGGGUCAGCAAGUGGGUUGACUACUCAAACAAGUUUGGCUUUGGGUAUCAGCUGUCCAGCCGCCGAGUGGCCGUGCUCUUCAACAAUGGCACACACAUGGCGCUGUCGGCCAACAGAAAGACUGUGCACUACAACCCCACCAGCACAAAGCACGUCUCCUUCCCUGUGGGUGCUGUGCCUCGGGGCCUGCAGCCUCAGUUGGGUGUCUUGCGAUAUUUCACCUCCUACAUGGAACAGCACCUCAUGAAGGGUGGAGAUCUGCCUAGUGUGGAAGAAGUGGAGGUGCCUGUCCCCCCACUCCUGCUGCAGUGGGUCAAGACUGAUCAGGCCUUACUCAUGCUGUUUAGUGAUGGCACGGUCCAGGUGAACUUCUACGGAGACCACACCAAGCUGAUCCUCAGUGGCUGGGAGCCCCUCCUUGUGACUUUCGUGGCCCGCAACCGCAGCGCUUGUACUUACCUUGCUUCCCACCUUCGGCAGCUGGGCUGCUCCCCGGAUCUGCGGCAGCGGCUCCGCUAUACUCUGCGGCUGCUCCGGGACCGCUGCUCGGCCUAGGCCCAGCCUGCAGAGCGGGCUACCACCCCAGCCCUCAGGCCUGAGGCCGGUGCCUGUAAGGCUCUGGCCCUGGCCUCUGUGGCCCUCCCUGUCCCUUUGGUGCCUCACUGGGGGCUCUGGGCCUAAUCCCCCAGGGAAUCAGGGACCAACUUCACUGGGGUUGCAGGCUGCCUGUCGUAGCUGCCUCCUUCCCCUUCUCCAAGAAAAGCCUGAGCCUUAGCCCCCAGCUAGGGGGCGCUAUUUAUGGACCACUUUUAUUUAUUGACAGACAUUUAUUUAUUGGGAUGUGCCGCCCUAGGGAGGGCCUUCUGGGAUAAUAAACCAUUUUGCAGAA